AUGUCCGCGCACGCACAUCAAUCGGAGCGAGAGUCAAGUAGCAUGCGCAGCAAUUACGAGGCGAGCCAAGGGUCGGUGAAGAGCCUCGAGGAGAAAGUCUCGAGUCUGGAGGCCUCUCUACGGGAAGCUAUUGACAAGGUCGAGAAGUCGGAACAGGAGCAGGCGCGGCUGUCCAAUGAGAAGACGGCACUUGUCGCCAUGGUGAAGAAGCUUAAUCGUGACGUGGCAAAGCUGGAGACGUUCAAGCGCACGUUGAUGCAGCAGCUGCAGGACGAGAACGACGACGAACCACCCUCCAUGGCCGCAGCCACUGCCGCUGCCCCCAAACCAGCAGCAUCAGAGCCCACCACGGCCUCGGCUGGUAGCGGGGCAUCUGCUGCAAAGCAGACUGGCGACAGCGCUUCUGAUGCAGACAGCAAUGCCGGGGACAAGGCCAAGCCAGCCAAUCAGACGCCGACGCCAGCUGCAGCAGACACUACCCCCAGGCCGCCCAGCAUUGCAAUUCCAACGGGCAGCAACAUGGGCAGCAGCAAGCAGCGCACGCCCCUCAUGACGCCCUCCCUGGUCUCGCCUCAAUACACUCCCUCCGCCACUCCCCCCCACUCCGCCUCGGGUGCUCCCCGUGAAGGUCGGCCACCACGAGUGGAUGGGAAGGAGUUCUUCAGACAAGCAAGGAACCGUCUGUCAUAUGAGCAGUUCAGCGCCUUCCUGGCCAACAUCAAGGAGCUCAACGCACACAGACAGUCCAGAGAAGAAACGCUGCGCAAGGCAGACGAGAUAUUUGGCCCCGACAACAAAGACCUCUACACGGCAUUUGACGGGCUGCUGUCACGGCACCUGCCCUCCUAG